AUGGCCCCCGGUCAAGCACUUAACCACUUUUGCGCAAUAGAUGUUCUUCAUCAACUAGGCCUUGUGAAAGAUGUUCAACAGCCCUCGGAGACGGCAGUGCCCUCAACAUCAUCUCUGUUACCUCACGGUGUUCGUCUAACGGUAUCAGGAGUUGUACUAACUAGUGAUGCACAUAUUGAGUCCCCCAUCAUUCAAGUCAUACCAUCAAAUCUAGGGCAUCAGUUCACCAUAUUGGUUGGGUUGUAUUCUUACAGAGUCAAUAAUGCUUUCCUUUUCAGUAUUAGGAACAAAAGUAGACUGCAGUUUGGUGUCCAGCUGCUACCGAGAAAAGUAGUGGUGUACACUGGAGGGAAGCACUCUGUAUACUUUGAUUAUAGUGUUCACAAUGAACAAUGGCAUUCAUUUGCCAUUGACGUUAGAGAUAAGACUGUCUCAAUAUUUGCUGAGUGUGGAAAGAAGUACUAUAGCAGGGAAGUACAUUCUGAAGUGGAGACAUUUGAUUUGGAUGGUUUGUUUACCCUGGGAAGGAUGAACUCUCACUCUGUCAGCUUUGAAGGAGUUAUAUGUCAGCUAGAUAUUAUUCCCUCUGCAGAAGCCUCUGCAAACUAUUGUAAAUAUGUGAAACAGCAGUGUCGCCAGGCUGAAACAUAUCGAUCUCUACUAGGAGUUCCACAUGUGUCAGAUGGGCUGGAUAUAUUUUCAAAGAUGAUGAUUGAUGAGAAAAGCCAGUCAGAAGGUAUAUCAGCUUAUAGAAGGAAAGAAGCAUCAACCAUUCCUUUUACCAAUGUUGCUCAGAUUCACUUUCUACCAGAACACUUUGAGUCAAGAAAUGUCUCUGCAUCAGAGUUUGCAGAGGCCAGAUCUCUGUUGCUGGAAGCUUGGCCUGAAAUGGAACUCCAGAAGAACAUCAGUCUGCCUCCUCAUCAGCAGGAGACAAGCAAAAAAGGAAAUAUCAGUAAAACCCCCACAGGAUCAUAUCCAAAUUAUUUAGACAAUAUCACAGAAGAGGCAGGUGGACAAAGUGAGCCUUCUCUGAUAUCCCCUGUAAAACAGAGUAAAACUAAAAGCAACGGAAUGGACGAAGCAAAACAGCAUUUAGAUGAACAAAGCAGAAAGCAGCAAAUCUUCAACACAACCAUGUACAGUUUGCCUGCUGACCUCUCUCUGGAUAAUCAACUCAGUACAGGGCAGGAAGGUGCAUUUGAUGCUGAUAAGACUUACCAUACAGAAAACAGUUAUGAAAUUAGUAUUUAUAAUUAUGCUUAUGACUAUGAAGAUCUUGACAAAAUGUUUGAAAUGGGAAGUGUCAGAGGUCCAAAGGGGGAAACUGGACCUCCUGGUCCUCCAGGUCCUCCAGGUUUACCUGGUCUAUCAGGAAAGAGAGGUCCUCGGGGUAUUCCAGGACCACAUGGUAAUCCAGGUUUGCCAGGAUUGCCAGGUCCAAAGGGCCCUAAAGGAGACCCAGGAUUCUCUCCAGGACAGGCAAAACGUGGAGAAAAGGGUGAUCCAGGCCCCAUAGGCUUUCCAGGACCACCUGGGAUCAAAGGGCAGAAGGGUCUUAAGGGUUAUCUAGGACUGCGAGGGCCACGGGGUGAGCAGGGCUUAGCUGGACCAGAAGGUAACCCAGGUCCUAAAGGUGUAAGAGGUUUCAUUGGACCUCCAGGUGUGGCAGGACAACCAGGACCUGAAGGAGAAAGGGGCAUCCCAGGCUUCCGUGGAAAAAGAGGUCCCAAAGGGAGACAGGUGAAGCUUCUAACACUUGUUACAAUUUCUGCUCCCAAUGUAAAUGCUCCUGGUUUUCCAGGUGACUUUGGAAAUAGAGGCCCCCCUGGUCCAGAUGGGAAUCCUGGAAUUGUUGGUGGUGUUGGUCCUCCUGGAUUUCCAGGACUAAGAGGAGACGUUGGGCCAGCAGGACCGAGCGGACCACCAGGAAUUCCAGGGCCCAUGGGUGAACAUGGCCUUGCAGGAGAGCCAGGAGACCAGGGGUACCCAGGAGAUAAGGGUGCUCUUGGUUUUCCAGGACCCCCAGGGAUCAGAGGAAAGCCAGGACCCCCAGGCAAAAUUGGAGAUCCUGGAUCCCAUGGACCAUCAGGUCCUCCAGGACCUGAGGGUUUUCCAGGAGAUAUUGGUGUACCUGGAUUAAAUGGCCCUGAAGGUCCUAAGGGACUUCUGGGAGACCGAGGGCCUCCAGGGCCACAAGGCCCGAAAGGAGUUGAGGGAGACGUAGGACCAGCUGGACCUAUUGGAGGAGUCGGCCCAAGGGGAAAGCCAGGACAGAAAGGUUAUGUAGGUGAUCCUGGACCAGAAGGUUUAAAGGGAUCAGCUGGCUUACCUGGAGAACCUGGGCCUUCUGGAAGCCUUGGUGAAAAGGGAGAGCGAGGCAGUCCAGGACCAAUAGGUCCUCCUGGAGAGAAAGGUGUUAUGGGCUACCCAGGACCUCCAGGAGGCCCUGGACCUGUGGGGCCAGAAGGAUUACCUGGGCCAAGAGGUCUAGACGGUCCUCCAGGAGAACCAGGAACAGAAGGCAUUAAGGGUAAAGCUGGAAAUCCAGGAGAAAGAGGAGAUCAAGGUGCACUUGGUUUGCUUGGACCUCCUGGAACCACAGGAGACAGGGGACCAAUGGGAGAGCCAGGUCCAAGAGGACAACCAGGGGAUGGUGGCCCUAUUGGAGAAAUGGGUUUUGAGGGACCUCCUGGCCCUGAAGGAGAACCUGGCCUGCAGGGAGAACCAGGUGCAAAGGGUGAACCAGGACCUCCAGGAGAAGACGGUGUUCAAGGAAAAGAUGGCCCAAAGGUCAACAGAGACCAAUUGAGUGCACUUAGUUUUAACAUAGGAGGCCCUGGAGACCCUGGAGACCAGGGACUUCUUGGAGAAGGUGGUGAAAAAGGAGAGAUGGGGUUACCAGGAAUUGCUGGACCCCCUGGUGAACCUGGCAUAAUUUUUUAUUCCUCCAUAGCAAUUAGAAUUGCCAUCAUUCUGCAGUCAAUAACAUUCAGGACCUUAGGAAAUUCAAAUUUGUAUCAAGAUGUGAUUUUGCAACUCGAAUGGUUUCUGCUGCUACCAAAAAAUGGGGAAAAGGGGCAGCUUGGCCCUCCUGGAGAAAUUGGACCUGCUGGUGUCUCUGGCCAACCUGGAGAAACUGGUCCCAAAGGUGCAAGAGGAACUCGGGGUCCCUUGGGACACCUAGGAGGAUUGGGACCUGAAGGAGAGUCAGGAAUUCCAGGUUAUGGGGGUCACCAGGGUCCUCCAGGGCCUCCAGGACCCCCAGGACCCAAAGGAGAAAAGGGUUACCCAGGCGAAGACAAUACAGUCCUUGGACCACCUGGGCCCAUAGGUGAACCA